AUGACCUCUCCCACUGAAACAAUUGUCAGUUCGGCAACAGUCCAGCCUACUCCGUCGUCGCUUGUCCCAGCGCAGACGGAUCCGACAUUCUCGAAAGACUUUCGAUGCCUUCCUAUUCUGAGACGACUUCGUUAUGACUCUGAUAAGCCUUUCCACUUCGGAAUGUUGCUCAAUGUGUCUUUUGGCAUAGGCAGUACUUUAGUUGCUGCCAACCUAUAUUAUUGCCAGCCAAUUCUAAUUCGAUUGUCGGCUUCUUUCCAUGUCACGUAUGACGAGGUGGCAAGAAUACCAACACUACUUCAAGCUGGGUUUGGUAUCGGCCUCCUACUCAUAACACCACUCGGUGACAUGCUUCGCCGUCGCCAGUUGAUAUUGCUCUUGGUUGUGUUUUCAACUACCUUAACAAUAGGACUCGCCAUCACAAACAACCUCUUGGUGUUCGAGAUAAUCUCGUUUCUGAUUGGGUUGACGUCUGUCACUCCUCAAAUUCUCAUGCCACUAGCCGCUGAUCUCGCUCCUCCCGCCCGUCGUGGAUCAGCUAUCUUAGUUGUCCUGUCAGGUUUUCUGCUUGGCAUCCUCGUCACACGUGUACUAUCUGGCAUAGUGGCCAAUUUCGCAAGUUGGCGAAUCGUGUACUUUAUGUCUAUCGGCAUCCAGAGUAUUGUCCUGGGUGGUGCAUACAUGUUGCUUCCGGACUAUCCAGUGAAGAACCAUGAUUUGUCCUACCUUGAGAUAUUUCGUUCCAUGGCGAAAUAUAUUAUUACCGAACCUCUUGUCAGCCAGAUCAUGUUAACAAACUGGGCUGGCGGCGCAUGCUACACCAACUGGUGGGUGACCCUCACGUUCCUACUCGGUGGACCGCCAUAUUACUAUUCCACUAUGAUCAUCGGCUUGUUUGGCCUCAUUGGAAUGUUGGGUGUAAUUAUUGUACCGUUCUUUGGCCGUUUGCUCGAUCGGCUUGUGCCAUGGUGGUCCAUAGUAGUUUCAACUGUGCUUCUUUUGGUGUUCCAAGCAGUACAAACUGGAGCGGGAGGUAUAAACAUCGCUGCGGUCAUCAUAUCUUUUUUUUUUUUUUGAUUCAAUUUUCAUGU